CCUAACCUUGUUAGCCUUCAUUAACAACGUUGACUGUUGUGUACUGUUAAACUCGGUGCUGACUUCGUCGGAGCAAGAUCGUUUGCUAGUCGUCCUCGCUGAGCAUUGUCACAGACUGCCUUUUGAAAGAUGGUGAAGCUCGAGGACGUAGACAAGUUGAAAGUUAACGAACUUAAAGCAGCCUGCAAAGAGCUAGGGCUUGAACAGAGCGGAAACAAGGCGGAGCUUGUUGCGCGGCUAAAGGCUGCCCUAGCAGAGCAGGAAGGUACCGGGGCCGCAGCUGCAGAGGCAGCGGUGCCAGCGGCAGAGGGCGACAAGCCGGAAGCCGGUGUGACUCCAGAGGCGGAGGUUGCAGAGCCACCAAAGCCGUCUGAGGCCGACGGUACAACCGAUAGCGCAGCGCCUGGCGGGGAGAAGCAGCGGGCGAAGAUCCAGUUUACAGACUCCGAGGCAGCGAAGUUCGAGGCGACUAAGGUACAAGUCGUUAACACGGCGCCGGCUGACAAGCCGAAGCAGCUGACAGACGCAGAGAGGCUCCGGCAGCGGAAGGAGCGGUUCAAGGACCCUGAUGUGGAGCGCAUGAAGCAGCGUGCCCAGCGGUUCAACCUGAUUGAUGCGGACCUGGAGAAGGAGAAGAUGUUUAAGCGCGCCGAGCGCUUCGGCACCAGCCACCCCGAGCUUGACAAGAUCAAGAAGGAGCAGCGGGCUGCGCGCUUCGGGAUAGUGGAUGAGGAGACCAAGAAGAAGCAGCGCCAGGAGAAGUUCAAGCCGCUGACCUCCAAGCCGGACUUCAACAUGUCGUUCAAGCAGGACGACGACUUCGAGGCCAAGAAGAAGGCUCGCGCCGAACGCUUUGCCGCUGCACAGUAGCGGGCCUUGCACCCUGCGGUGAAGGGCGGGGACUGCCCGGUCGCACCCCGCACUGCCAGCAACCGUGGUGCCAAGGAAAUAGCGGCGUUUGACGUUUAACGCUUGCAUGGUGUACCGUGUUGAUUUUGUUCACGUCGUUAAGAAAACGUCGCUAUUCUUGACGCUAUUGCGACUGUUGUGCGGUCUGAUGAGUGGGAAGUGUCAGGUUGCGAUUACCGCUGUCUAGACGGACCCGCAGGCCAUUGCCUUUUCCGAUGGACCUACCUUAACCCAGUACUGACUGUCAUGUCUGUUGGGACUUUUUGUUGGGGCGGGAGAAGCGCGGUGGGGUCUAGACGGUGUGGUUUCGGGAAGGUCGUCGGGUGUGGCCCAUGCGCGGAUACGUGGAAUGGGCGAGUGGCAAUGCAGUCAGCACGCAUUCCUAGUCCUCAAUCAAUGCAUCUGACACCCAGGCGUAUGCUCCUGCUGAUGUUGCCUAGUGCACUGCACGUCUAUGCCCUGUCCUCGCAACAGCACCCCCUUGCUUGACAUGUCAGGACAGAUUGUUUUUUUUGUCUAUCGGUAAGUGUAACCUUCCAACUUGCCCUUUGACAUGACCACUGUGCACGUGUCCCUGUAAGCAGCAAAACUUUGCCUGCCCGCACUGCAUCCUCACACACUGCGCCGUUCCCGUACUAUGCUUGUGGGUUGUGUGUGCCAUUUGUGUUAAUAUGACUGUGGGGAAAGGUCGUAUGUGAAAGGAGCCUUGGCACUGUGUGGUGUAACCGAAC